CACAUGCAGAACAAUGGAUCUACUGUUGUGGCUUGGGCUUCAAUGACGGUGCGGACGGACAGAGAGGCGACCAUGCAAAAACGAUGAUUUCCCAAGAACUGAAAGUUGCAGGAAAUGGUACUAUUUUGAACACAAGAUGAAUCGCCAUGACUGUCAACUUGUUCGGUCCAAAAGUAACGUUUGCGUACAAUACGGUAAUCAGAUCCCAUGCAUCUUUCUCUCCUUCACUCGUCAUCUCUCUCUUCUCCAACAUGCGCCGAGCCGGCGUCUCACCUGAUCACUACACUUUCCCUUUUGUACUCAAGGCUUGUUCUCGUCUCCAAACGGGUCAAGAUCUCCAUUCUCUUAUAACAAAGCUUGGGCUUGAUUCGAAUGUUUACGUGCAGAACGCAUUGAUCAAUCUCUAUGGCUGUCAUGGUCUGGUCGACGUUGCUUUUAAGGUGUUCGACGAAAUGCGUGUUAGAGAUCUCGUCUCAUGGUCUUCAAUGAUUGCCUCUUUGGCUAACAAUGGUUUUGCGCGAGAAGGUUUGGGUUUAUUUCGAAGAAUGAAAUUUGAUGGAAAUGUAAAGCCUGAUGUGGGGACAAUGCUAAGUGUGAUAUCGGCUAUUUCUAAAUUAGGAUCAUUAAAAUGGUGUAGCUGGGUUGAUUCUUAUAUUUCCCGAAAUAACUUGGAUCUUACUGUACCAUUAGGCACUGCACUGAUUGAUAUGUAUUCUAGAUGUGGGUCUGUUGAUGAUUCUAUCAAAGUGUUUGAUAAAAUGCCUGAAAGAAAUGUGUUAACUUGGUCUGCAUUGAUCAAUGGGCUUGGAGUGCAUGGAAGAAGUAAGGAGGCACUUAGAAUGUUUUAUGAAAUGAAGAAAACCAAUUUGCAGCCUGAUCACAUUACAUUUAAUGGUGUUUUAGUUGCUUGCAGCCAUGGCGGUCUUGUUGAUGAUGGCUGGCAAGUUUUCAAAAGCAUUAAGAACGAAUAUGGUAUAGAACCUACAAUCGAGCAUUAUGGGUGUAUGGUCGAUCUACUAGGCCGUGCAGGGAAACUACACGAGGCCUUUGAAUUUAUCGAAAGAAUGCCCCUUAAACAGAAUGCUAUUAUUUGGAGGACUUUGCUUGGAGCUUGUGUAAAUCAUAAGAAUCUUGAAUUAGCAAAGGAAGUGAAGGGAAAGAUCUAUCUUUUAGAAACUGAUCAUGACGGUGACUAUGUGCUAUUAUCAAAUGCUUAUGGUGAAGUCGGUAGAUUUAUUGAGAAGGCUAACAUUAGAACUUCAAUGCAUGAUAAGAGGAUCAGCAAGAAACCUGGAUAUAGUAUGCUUAAUGUGGAUGAGGAGAUUCAUGAGUUUGUAUCAGGAGAUAGUUCUCAUCCUAAAUCACAGGAAAUUAGAAAAUUUUUGGUUCACUUAGUUAAUAGUCUUCGAGUUGAAGGUUAUGCACCGAGUACUGCCAAUGUGUUUCAUGACAUUGAAGAGGAGGAGAAAGAGCAUAGUCUUAGCUACCAUAGUGAAAAAUUAGCAGUGGCUUUUGCUUUGCUUAGCUUUAAGGAUAUGAGAACUAUAAGAAUCAUGAAGAAUGUUCGAAUUUGUCGCGAUUGUCAUUCCUUCAUGAAGUAUGUUUCCAGCAACUUUGAUAAAAAAAUUAUUGUUAGGGAUCGAAAUCGGUUCCAUCAUUUCAGUAAUGGAAGAUGUUCUUGCCAUGAUUAUUGGUGAGAAAUGCUCUACUAUAGCUCCCUUGACUUCUUUUUAUAACAAAAGAGUUUCUUGAAAAAAAAUUUUACAGAGGGAAUGGAGGUGAAACUUAAGUGCAAAUAGUCUCAGCAGAGGUUCUCAAACGGGCACCAAUAUGUAUCUAAAUUUAUGUUUUGUUCCGAUGAAGUCUGGCAAGUUCUGCUGUUCUGGCUAGUCAAUAAAGGCGGACAAUAUGGUAAACUUUUUUGAAUUUCUUUCAAAUGUUUCUAGUUCCAAAAUGUAUUUGCCUGUGAGGAGGAACCAAAGUGCUUAUCUGAAAGGUUCUAGAAAACACACAUUCCAAAUAUAUUAGCAGU